AUGGAACAUCCUUCAUCCGCUUCCAGCAAUAACAACAACAAUAAUGUUGCCGAUAACAAAAGUAAUAAUCUAACUGAGAUAAAACAAUUAAAAUCUCGUUAUUAUGAAUCUGAGCUAGAAAGGGAAGGGUUAAAUUCUUUAACGGAAUCUUUAAAAUCAAAGAUUCGUGCACUACAGCAACAGAUCUUUUCCCAAGAAAGUACGAUAAAAUCUGCCCAAGAUUUAAUAUCACAAAAGGAAAUUUUAUUAGACCAGAUAGAGAGGUAUAAGCAAAAGGUUACCGAUUCAGAAUCGCAUCUAAGUACCAUUAAAAAGGAAAUCUUUUCACUAAAGGAAAAUAAUAAUGGAUAUAUAAAAAAAUAUAAUGAGUUGCAACAACAAAAUGUUCAAAUACAACAAAAGAAUAAUUUAUUAGAAGUGGAUAAGCAACAAUUAUCUAAAAAAUUGAAAGAAAUUGAAGAGGAGAAUAAUUUAUUAAAUAAGGAAUUGAAGCAAUUGGGAAUUCGAUACAAGUGUGGUCAUUGUGAUAAUUAUGAUAUAUGUUCAAAUUGCGAAACAUCAAACCAUAAUCGCGAUCAUGUAUUUAUUAAGAUUAAGCGUCCAAUUGGUAAUGAUAGAUUUGCAAGAACUGCUUUAUUACCCGAAUUUAAAUUAAUCGAACAAAAUGAACAAGAUAUCGAUCAUAAAACCGUUUGUAAUGUUUGUCACAAAAAUAUUAAAGGUAUUAGGUACAAGUGUGGACAUUGUGUUAAAUUUGAAAUGUGCGUGAUUUGUGAGGCAUAUCCAUUCAAUUUACAUGAUCCCACUCAUGUAUUUAUAAAAAUUAAAAGACCUGUACAGAUUGAUUCUAAUGAAGCUAUAUUACCUUUGGAAUUUCGUCCAAUUAUUACUAAAGCCGCUAACGUGUAG